GGCUGCGGCCGGUGCCUGUGGUGAGCCGCGCGGGGCUGCGGGCCGCCCCGCUGUUAUCGGUGCCGUUGUUGGGCGCGGGUCGGCGGGGCGCAGGUGGCUGUCGGCUGUUGGCUGGGGCGGGAGCUGCGCUGUGCCGGGGGCAGCGCUGGAGUGGAAGCGAUGGCUUAAAAGCAGGCGGCAGAGCGGGCUGUAACGCGUGUUCCUGGUGGAGCUCGGGGGCAGAGAGCGUAUCUGUCCGUCACCUCGAAGUGUUUCCUUUUUCUUGUCCCGGGUGUCAGCGUUUCGGCUCCCGAGCCUCUUUUAAUUGUUGAUGUAAUUAUAUUUUACCUGUCUGUUUACCUGCAGCUCAGUGUCGUUUCAUCAUGUCUGAAGUUUCUUCUGAAUGUCUGUGCUCAACUUUUUGGUGGCUGUAUUUGUCAGCAAAUGUCUGAAGGAGCUGCAGCAGCAGCUGUCAUCUCGGGCAGUUCAGAAAUGAAACUUUUCUAACUCCCCCGUUGUAAUUGCGAGGUAAAUCGCAGCGAGCCUGGAAUGCUGUUAAGAUGCUUUGUCAUACUCCUCUGUCUUGACAUAACUCCUCUUUCAAGAUGUUCUUGCCUGCAGAACUCAGGGAAACAAGGCAGUUUCACAAUCUCAGGGCUUUAUUUGGAAUUUAUAAUAACUAUAUUCCUAAUCUGAAUAAAAUUCAGGCAGUGUAAAUACAGCUUUCAGCUGUCUCUGAACUGGUGUUAAAUUAAGAUAAAAAGAAUUUAACUUAAGCAAAAGAAAGUAACGCUUUUAGUGUUAGAAUUGGCUUUAAAGACAGAGGUUCAUUUGUAAUAUAUAAGAGGUUACCAUUGUGAUGGCCUUUAAAGCUGAUCCAGUGCAGUGCCCUGCUGCAGGUGGCACAUUAUUAACUCUCCAUGUAGGUGCUGAGGUCUGAGACGGUGUUUCUGAGCAGGGUGAGUAAGGAGCUUUGUCUUUUGAGCAAAAGAACAAAAAGAUAAUCCUGUGCUCAACGGCGUCUUUGAUCAGACUCUGCUGCUUGAUAUCCCCUGUGUAUUGUGCUGGUGAGCUCAGCACGCCUCUGGGAAACUUUCGGUCUGCGCAAAGAGUUUCUUUAAAUGACCCGUUUUGCUUUUAUUUUAGAAAAGAAAAUCCAUUAAUGAAAUCCAAAGUGAAAAGUUGAAGUUCACAGCCCCAUGAAGUAUGUUUGUCAGUGGCUUACUGCUUUUAGUUUGGGUGAUAAUACUAUUUAGUAGCUUUGAGUAUUGAUGGCAGUCAUUUGUAAGCAAAUGAAGUCUAAGACAACUGAAUUACAAACUAAGGAAUGUGAAGCUGGAAACAUAAGCCGAAUGUUCAGUGCGAGUAAUUUCCCUUUUAUGCUUUAAGUGUAAAUAAAGCAAUGGGUGAUAGUGAAAGUUAUUAGUAAAAAAGGGUAAAGUAACAGGAAUAAGCUUAAAAUCAUGCUGAUAGAUGUUGAGAUUGUGCUGCUGUAGCCUCACCUUUCUAUGCUACGUGAACCUGAUCUGUUAGGUGAAAUCAGAGUAAAGAAAUCACUUCCAGCAAGCCUGAGAGGUUACUGACCUUGUCUUGUGUGGGAUGGACAGGUGACCAGUUGUGAGCUCAGCACUGAACGUAUGUAAAGGCACGUUCCUGUGGUGGUGUUCCCCAGUCCUGUUCUCUGUGCAGUGCUGAGGACCAAGCCUUAGCCUGUUGUGGCCCAGGAGAUAUGUAACUUGUGGUGUGGGGCAGGCUAUACCUGCCCAGGAGCUGAAGGAAAGAGCUUCUCAGUUAGGAUAAAUUGUUAGUUCAAGGGAAUGAGAAAUAAGUUGAGUAAAUUUUGGUUUUAUGUAUGUUCUUGGAGCUUAAAAUCUCUGUUUUUUUCUUCUUUUCUGUUGGCAGGCUAGAAAUGUUGCUAUCAGAUAUCUGCAGUAAGUGGUAAUGUUAAUUCAGUGUGCUCUGAAACAUUUAUCCUUGAAUAAAGGCAUUAUGUCCUGGAAAUCCUUACUGCCCAAGGUGAAUCAAUUAGAUGACAAUGUAUGUUGGAAAAGGAGAGUGUAAUGUAGACUGAGAGAUGAGCGAAAUAAAGAUAAGAGUUAAUGCUGGGAGCCUUCAUGAGCACAUAGCUGGUAUUGGAAGAGCCAUAAUAUAUUCAGAGUAGAAACGUACUCUGGAAAUGCAUGCCAUGUGUGGCCAAUAAAGGGAAUGAACAAUGACUUUUCUUACUCUUGGUAAUGUGAAAUGGAUGCUAGAAAGAAUGCCUUGUGAUUUCAAGGGGGCAGAUGUUGAAAUAGUGAAAUAUGGAGAGAGUGCUGCUACAUGUCAGGGCUGAAGAAGAAUGUAGCACUUAAUGGCAAAUGAGAGAGUUAAGUAAGGCAGCACUGGCUUUGUGCUGGGACACGGUGAAAGAGCUGUUCAAAGAAAAGCCUCUAUACAGAGUUGUCUGAACUUUCAUGUACUCCCUCUCACAUUGACACCUGAGAACUCUGAAGGUCAGAGCCAGCCCUGCAACAUUCCGUGUGACUAACCUUAAUCCUGGGGUCCUCCCCUUGAUAAAAGGCUCAACGUUGGCCCUGCUGAGUGAGAGCUGGACCAAACUGACUCCAGAGUUCUCUUUCGGCGUAAAUUAUUUUGUUAUUAUUAUAAAAGUGCUGUAGAAAAGAAAUGACAAGCAUAAAUGUAACUUCCACACUCGGUGUAGGGCAUCAUCUCUGUCAGAUCUUGAUAUUUCAGGUUAUAAGGAAGAUCACUGUAUUUUAAACUUUCAGUUACGUUUCUGGAGAAAACAUCAACCUGCUUGCAGUGUCACAUAGCAUCAGGGAGCCCGAUUCAUAAAACACUUCAUUUUUCCAAGGUGCUCUACAAUGAUUGAAAAAGAUACUUUCUUCUCUAAAGUGCUUUGUAUUUCAGGAGGCAGCAAUGACUAAAUGAAGGCAAUAGUGAGAAAAUAUGGGCAGGCAGUGAUUUUUAGUGUAUUAAUGGUACAACUAUUAAGCUUUUCUAAGGCAUUAUGAGAAAGGAGAGACUUAAAAAAGAAUUUGAUGGAGAGCAAUUUAGUAGCUCUAUUGAUUUUUUUUUUUUUUUUUAUUAGAUUUGGUUCCUUUAGUCUAAUUCUCCUACUCACUGCCUUUUGUGUGCAGAAAAUAGCUUAUUUUCCAGGUGCCUUUUUGACUAUUAGUGCUUUCUAACUACUUCAACCUCUUCCAGAGUUUGACUGAGCGAAGGCUGCCUCCCAGGGAGCAAUCUCUUUUCUGCUGCCCUGUGACAGUGCCUCCAGGCUAACAGCUGGAGGAGUAUUUGACAUUAAGGGAGCAAAGGCAGGACUGCUAAGCACAGUGUUGUCUGUCCAUCAGAGGUACCGCAGGCUUCUGUUAACAGGCUCAGAGUUUUGACGGCAGGAAGUUAAUAAUUAUCAGUCAAGAUCCCGUGAUGACUUGAGGCAACAAAGAAGAGUUUGCGCUACAUGGCCAUGCCUUUGUGUGCCUGUUCACCUGGGGUCUUUGAGGAUUGAUACUUAAACCAAUUGAAGAGUCAGCAUUUGGGUGUGUUGUUCCUCAGAAGACCUGGAAAUGAAUGGAGUCGCCUGGGUUUGGACCAAGCUCUGCAUAAGUUGGCAUUCUAGAAGAGAAGGUGACUGAGGGACACGGGAUGGCAAGAUCAAUUAAAUGUAGUAAACAGUGGUGUUCUCCCUUAAGGGCCAGGAGGGUAGCACAAAUGAAUUGUUGUAUGAACUGGGCUUUAAUAUUCAUUACCCAGUGGCUCUGUGGUUUAUAAACUGUUCUGCCCUUUGACCCCGCUGGUGUUGGAUGACAAGAACAUGGCAAAAGAGCGUCCCUCAGUGCUGGUGUAAGUAUUGGGUGUCUUGGACCACUUAUCCUGUUGGUGGUGGAUUGUUAUCCUGGAGCUGUGAGAAGAUGGGAUGGUCAAGUUUAAAAGAGGGUCUCAGAAAACAGUAUCAAAAUCCUUCUAAGAAGUCCAAAUCCUAAAAAUUGCUAUAUUGGGUUUAAGUAGCUUAUGCAGAGGACAGAGCUCUGAGACUCUAGAUCUUAUUCUGCAUUCUGAGUGUUAUGUUUAGUUUCAGUUCUAGAACAGGACUGCAAAAAUACAGGCACAAAGCAGGCUACUGUCUACCUUUGACACUGGAAAUUUCAAAGCAGAUCAUGGCAGGCUGAAACAUUCAACUGCAUCCUGUUGUGAGCUGAAAUGAAGUUAUAGUCUGAAAUUAAAUAGCUGCAAAAAUCAUUUUGUGUCAUUGGAAGUCAAGUUUAAGAUAGAGGAAUAAUAAUGUUUUAUGAGCCCAAACAGUAAGGUUUCUGUGGGAGGAAGGGAGAUAGUCCUGCUCAUUGCUGCGGUGGUUUGGUUGGGAAAUAGUGCCUGACAUGUGACAGCAGGCAGUGGGAGCUGCUGCCUGGGUUUGGCUCACAGUAUCCUCUGGUUGAGCCUGGAAAUCAUGCAACCCAUUUUACAUUCUGUCCCAAUACUUUUGUGUAACGUUUGGGGCUGAAUGCAUACGUAGAUGUGAUUUGGUGGUAAAUGAAGUGUAUUUCUGUCCUGGUUUGUAAAUGCUGUGAAGUUUGAUAAGGCUUAUCAUUCCGAGACCACCUCAGUGGCACUGGUUAUCAAAUUGCUUUCACACGUCUUUCUUGAACUUGGCUUGAAGUGUUAAGUGAACUGGGAGAAGGGGAUAAGAAAGAAGAGGAGGUGAUCUGUCAGCUCAAAAGUGUGCUGGUUAAUGAAGGUUUUGCCAGGGCUUUAAUAAUUCUUCUGAGCAAACGCAUGGCAACUCUUGCACUUUUAGGAAAAUGAUAACACUAUUCAUUUUAUUACUUGUGUGAAUUGCAAGAGAUGUAAAUGGAGAAAGGAGCAGUUGUACAUGACAGCCAUCUCCUGUUCUGUAAUUCCUGUUACUGUUCCCAUUACAAUAACAAACCUCCUUUUCCAGGGUGCUGUAACAUUGCCUAACUGGUGUUACAGGCAAGCUGAAGUUUCAUGCCUAACACUGCUAGAAAAACACAUGGAGUCUGAGAGUGUGCCACAAGCAGUGUAUUUAGCAGUGAGGCUGUUGAAUGGAGAACUCGUCUCACUGCAUGGUGGUAAAUGCAAGACUCUGACGCAUCUCUGGAACCUGCAAUGACAAGUCAGAACAGUAGCCAUGCAGAGAAAACUGGUGAAAUGUCCUCAAAGCAGCCAGCACCAAAAGUGCAGGUCCAACGAUCUGUCUCCCGAGAAACCAUCACUAUUCAUUUCUCUGCAUUUGGGAAGGAGGAAGAAGAGGAGGAAGAGGAGUUUAAGGAAUUUCUUGAUGAGGAACUAGAUGACCAAAGCAUUGUAACAGCACUUGAAGCCAAGGAAGACCUCUGCUUUGAGCAUACCGGCCAUGAUUUUUCUGGUCCAGCUACCUCGCUUAACGUGGCCAAUUCUGCAUCACUGCUGUCCUCAUCACCUGCAGUUCUGCCAGCUGCAGACACCGUAAAGCUGUUGGAUUCUCCUUCCACAUCCCAAAUACUCAGUGCAGUGCCACUAGUCCUGUCUCCCUCGUCACACUCGUGUCAUACGUUUAGCUUGUUGGGCGCAUCACCACCUGUGGAACAGAAGGCCAACUUCUCGUCUUCCCCAUCCUCAUCUCCUUCCAGAUCAGUUGUCUGCUCUAGUGCAUCGUCCACCGUUUCUAGUUCCAAGCCUUUUAAGGGUUUAGUCAAGUCCCUUUCAACAGAUGUGGAACCAAAAGAGCCAACCCCACCGAUGAGACAUAGACAGUUAAUGAAAACCUUAGUGAAAUCUCUGUCUACAGACACUUCUAAACAAGAAUCUGAAGCUGUGUCAUACAGACCACCGGACUCAAAACUGAACUUGCAUCUGUUCAAACAGUUCACUCAGCCUCGAGCUACAGGUGGUGAUUCCAAAACUGCUCCCUCAUCUCCAUUAACAUCUCCCUCUGACACUCGUUCCUUUUUUAAAGUACCUGAAAUGGAGGCUAAAAUUGAAGAUACUAAAAGACGCCUUUCUGAAGUAAUCUAUGAGCCUUUUCAGCUGCUCAGUAAAAUAAUGGGUGAUGAAAGUAGUAGCCACAGGCCCAAAGCCUUAUCUUCAAGUGCUUCAGAACUCUCAAACCUUUCCAGUUUGAAUGGCCAUUUGGAAAGCAAUAACAACUACAGCAUUAAGGAAGAGGAAUGUGAUUCCGAAGGGGAUUUGUAUGGAAGUGACUCUAACGUGAGUAAGAACGGUCAGCCAAAAACUGCUGAGGAACAUGCAAAAGAGACAGAGUCCAAAAGCUCUCAGUCUGCAAGCACAAAGGAUGUGAGUUCGAAAACUUCACUCGUACUUGAAAAAUGUUCAUUGUCUGCACUAGCAAGCAGAGAGGAUGAGGAGUUUUGUGAACUUUAUUCUGAAGACUUUUCCUUGAUAGAGGAUGAAAGCAAAACCGAUAAACGUUCUGAAACUUUGCUUGAUCUCGAGAUGACUGAUGAAAAUGAUAUUAUGCUCAGUAGUGAAGAGGAAAAUAAUCUGUAUGUGCAACAGCCUAAAAUACCAGUAAAAACUUUAUACUUCUUAACACUGUUAGUCUAUGCUUACUUUAUUAUUCCUCUCCCUGGCUACUUAAGUGGACUCCUCUUUGGAAUGGCCCUUGGAUUUAUGACAGCUAUCUGUGUGAUUUGGCUGCUUACUCCACGUACUCAUGAAUAUCUCAAAUUUCGUGAAAGUAUGAAAAGGCAGUGGAAUACAGGAGCUCUAGACAUCAAAGAACCUGAAAUACUGAAGGGGUGGAUGAAUGAAAUUUAUAAUUAUGAUCCAGAAACAUACCAUGCAACGUUGACUCAUUCUGUCUACGUGCGACUCGAAGGAAGCACCUUAAGGCUUUCAAAACCUAAUAAAAAUAUUUCUAGAAGAGCUGUGUACAAUGAGCCAAAGCCUGAAGUCACGUAUGUCAGCCAGAAAAUUUAUGAACUUACGGAGAGCAAGAUUUCACUGGUUCCCAAAAGUCUGGCACGAAAACGAAUUUGGAAUAAGAAGUACCCUAUUUGCAUUGAACUUGCUAGGCAGGAUGACUUCAUGGCUAAAGCCCAGACUGAUAAAGAGAAUGCAGAGGAAAAGGUGUCUUCUGAGAAAGUAGACUUGAACAAUGAGGAAUCCAAGAAAGCUCAGGAUGGAGCCAAGUACACUAGCCAAAAGGAUCAAGUGCUUUAUCUCUUUGGAAGGACAGGUAGAGAGAAGGAGGAGUGGUUCAGAAGGUUCCUUCUAGCAUCCAAGCUCAAGUCUGAAGCCAAGAAGCCUUCCAGCAAGCCAGGGAUCUUGCCAGCACAUGGUAGAACAGAGAGUCAGUCAGGAGUUCUUACACACAGUCGUAGCAGCAGCAAGGGAAGCGUGGAAGAAAUUGCAUCCCAGCCUAAACACAAGGACUUGGCUGGCAAUCUGAGGCAGAAAAUGCUCCUGGACUACAAUAUUUAUAUGGCAAAGUGUGUCCCACAGGAAAAGAAGAGCCCAUCGGGUAGUCCAGUCCUCAGUGCAGAUAGCAGCCCUACAGCUGUGAAAAAGUUACCUGAUGCCCACGUGGAAGCUGAGGAAGAAGAACAGGAGGUCUGGGUGAAUGCUUUGCUUGGAAGAAUAUUUUGGGAUUUUUUAGGAGAAAAAUACUGGUCUGAUCUAGUGUCAAAGAAGAUCCAAAUGAAACUUAGUAAAAUAAAGCUGCCAUACUUCAUGAAUGAGCUAACACUGACUGAGCUUGACAUGGGGAUAGCAGUGCCGAAGAUCCUUCAAGCCUUCAAACCUUCUAUUGAUUACAGAGGGCUUUGGAUUGAUUUGGAGAUGUCUUACAACGGAUCUUUUCUAAUGACCCUGGAGACCAAGAUGAACUUGACCAAACUUGGUAAAGAGCCUCUUGGCGAAGCACUGAAGGCUGGAGAGAUUGGCAAGGAAGGUUCCAGGCCAAGGGCGUAUUGUCUUGCAGACAGUGAUGAGGAAUCCUCCAGUGCUGGGUCAUCAGAAGAGGAUGAUGCUCCUGAAUUGGCAGGAGAGAAGCAGGUGACUCCUGGAGCAGAAGGGUAUGUUGGAGGACAUCGGACAAGUAAGAUCAUGAGAAUUGUGGAUAAAAUAACCAAGUCAAAAUACUUUCAAAAAGCAACAGAGACUGAGUUUAUAAAGAAGAAAAUUGAAGAGGUCUCAAAUACUCCAUUGCUGCUAACAGUUGAAGUACAAGAGUGCAGAGGAACACUAGUAAUUAACAUUCCACCUCCACCUACUGACAGAAUAUGGUAUGGCUUUCGAAGACCUCCCUACUUGGAGUUAAAAGCUCGGCCAAAACUUGGUGAGAGAGAAGUCACUCUGGUUCAUGUAACUGAAUGGAUAGAGAGGAAACUGGAACAAGAGUUUCAGAAAAUCUUUGUCAUGCCAAACAUGGAUGAUGUUUAUAUUCCUUUAAUGCACUCAGCCAUGGAUCCCCGCUCCUCUACAUGCCCUCCUAAAGAUCUGGUCACGGAGGCCCCUGAUCAGCCAUGAUGUGAAGACUUGCAGUUUACAGUAUUAUAAAGGUUAUUCUCAUGGUUUUAUAAACUGUGCUGUAGUUAUCAUCAAUUUGUGCCACUUUCCCCCUCCCCAAGGUCUGCCUAUAACCAUACCUUUGUGCUCACUUGCCUGGUUAUUGUUCUGUGUACUUCAGCGACAUGGUUUCAUUCCAUUAAGCAGCUGAUUUGUUUUUGUACUGGCUACCAUCAGGAUUUUAACGUGGAGGCUGAGACGACCUGUUCUUCGGGGGAGGGAGGGAGAACCUAACUAAAAUAGAUCAAGGAGCUUGUUGACACAGCUUAUGCUUUCACGCUACGUUGGUGUGCGUUAACACAUUGAAAGGUUGUUUGGCAGCAAAGAAACUGCGUGCCAAAUGAAAAAAAAAAUCCUAAAUAAGGAAUGAAUUUAUAAAAACUGGAAGAAUAUUUUUCUUUCUCAGGCAGUUGGAGGUGUAGAAUGAACUGUUUUAUGUUCUUUCACUUCUGCAGUCAAUAGCUUGUGUCAAGCAAUCAAAAUAUGAAAUGCUUUCAGGAUUAAAGAAUGUAAAUUGGGUGUAUAGGUAAUAUUGUGAUUCAGUGUGGUAUAUACAUGUUACUUUUUUCAUAUAGGACUUGUGCUUUUUUUUGGGGAAGCAACUAGCCAUAAAACACACAGUUAUCAGUGAAAGUGGGACUGUCAUAUUUUUGUAAAUGAGGAGAAAAAAGUUGGUAAAGCCAUGAGACCAAACUAUAGCAAGCAGCCUUAUAGUGAGGUACAAUCACCUUGAUUCAUGAUUAAUUCUGAAUGUUUAUAAAGACGUGAGCACACAUGAAAUGUUUAAUACUGCACAUUACCAGAAGUACUUAGUUACCCUACUGUGUAUAGAGCCUCUUGCUAUGAUGAAACAGUUUUUUCUUAUAGGAGAAUUUGUUGCUGUGACUCUUCCAUUGCACUGUGUUUACAUGCAAAGCACGGGACCAAAUUUUCACAUUACAGCUGUGCAAAUGCAGAUAUCAGUCUCUUGAUGUUUGUGAAACAGCUGUAAUGGAAAUAUUUGACCCCUCUGCAUUGUUCUUUUUGACUCUGAAAUAGGAAUUCAAGCUGAUCGUGAUCUAAAAGACUGUUUCUGCUACUUACUGGCCAAAACUAAGUGGGAGUAUGGGAAACUGCCUCUUAUUUCUAUCUAGUAUGAUGACUCAAGAGUAAAUGUAUGCAGUGAAUUUGGUAUUUGAACACUACAUAUCCACUCCUUAACACACACAAUAUUUUUCUGAUGCUCAUUGUUGCCAACAGUUCAUGGAUGUCAGAAAACAUUUUAGUUUACAGAGGGUGAGUUCCGGCUCUCCUUUUAUAACAUGAUUUCUGUUGUUUUUUUUUUUAAGAAGUAAUUUUUUAAGAACUUUUUUGUACUUUGUGUUGUCACAUUUGAUGUAAAUCAGAAUUUCCAUGUGUAACUUGAUGAUUUACCAUCUUUAAAUGAAGCUAUUAUAUUGAAGGUUUUUUAAACAGCACCUUGCCUGAAACAUAAAAGAAAACUAGCAUUUAAUAUAUUUAAAAUUAAUUCUAUAUUUGAACACCUAUUUUGGUUACCUUUAAUUAAAAUAUUAGUAGGUUAUAUUUGUUACCUGAACUCCUCCUUGACCAUUCCAGGCUGUGUAUAUUCUGGGUUCUGCUCUGAUUAUGUAGGCACUAUCUGCCUCUCAUGAAGUCUGCAUGUCUUGUACGCAGGUCUUUUAUAUGAUUUAAUUUUUAUGUGCAAUAACUAAAGUCAAAGGACUAGAUGCACUAAUGUGUAAACAGAUUUAGAUUAUUAUAUGAGACUGUCAUAUUGCACUUCAUAAACUGUGGGUAACUACAGUCUGCUUGCUUUGUUUUACUAAAUAAAUUUAUCUCGUCAAUUAUUCAGUUAAUUUCCCCACAGUGCUUGCCCCCUCCUGCUGAAGGCUUUCAAGUCAUUAGAAUGCAAUUCACCACAAUUAAUUGUUUUUAUACACCCAACUUGGGUUUCCCAACAGGAUAACUACAGCUUAUGAUUGGAGGCUGACCUACCCUGAGCCUGUUCUAGCUUUAGAAGUAGAAACUUUUGUGUUAUCCUCUUGAAGAGAAGUUCAGCACGUCUCGACAGCCUCCUUCCCCCCUCCUCCUCCACUCUCCUCCCUGCUGUCAGCAUUUGCACUGAGACCGUGCCUUUCCAAUUUUAUUCUGCACGGAAAAGCCUGAUUACCAAAGUCAGAGAACAGCAGGGGUAGGUGGUGCCUAUUGUAGUAAUCUUGGUGUGUGACCUUAAGCAUCACAUUGUAGCCUUCUGUACCUCAGCAGCACCUCAGCAUCCCGCGCUGCCCACAGCGUGGCUGCACAGAUAGCUCUCCAGCCCUGCUGCCUGCAGGACACCAACCCCCAGCUAUAACGCAGGGUAAGAUGCAGGCCCUGAGAACAGCCACAGCUUGGAUCAAAGGAUUCAAGCUUCCCUUUUGCUGUAUGCUUAAAAAAAAAAAAAGAUUCCCAACAAUCGGCUGGAGCACACGGCACUGCAUCUCUCCAACUCGAGCACUAUUCCUGCUGCGACAGGGGCCGGGGCUCCCUGCUCCCAUCAGCGAUCAGGACGCCGUGAGCUCCGUUCCCACCCCCCCAUUCUCACCCUCCUCCCCCCCCCUUCCGCGCAUGCGCGCUGUGCAUUGCUUUUAAAAGCGCCGGGCGGGGAGCGCCGCGCAGCACCAGUUAUGGAACAAGGGCUUCGC